AUGGUGAUCAUGGCAAAGCGUUCGAAUUUAUCACGUCGACAACUUGAAAUUCUCUCUGAAGCAUCAUUAUAUGAAGCAGAACCUGCAAUUGUCUCAGUCAUAACACAAACAAAAAAACCGUCACUAUGUGUACCGAAUACAGUUACCAAGCAGAAAUCAUCGAAGAAAGAUAAUGUUAUGGAAUAUCGACCUCUUACACUCAACCAACACAAUAUUGGACGUCGAAUGAUUUUACCAGUCUUUCUUCCAUCACCAAAUCGCCCAGAACAUGAUCUACUAUUGUGUAAUGUUCCCAUGAAAUUGUUGAAUAUUGAACAGCGUCAGCAUCGUCAAUCGGCAGUACUGAUAAAUUCAUCCAAUUUAAGCCUAUGGGAAUGGAUCGAACAAAACAAAAUCAAUUCGCCCAUGGUGAAUCGUUAUCAAUCACUGUAUGUCGAGUUAUCUCAACGUUGGCAUAUGGAAAUACCAAUCAUUCAUCAUAAUCUCACGCGAAUGAUGAAAUGUGCUAAUGAAAAUGGUUUCCAACUUACCGACGAUGAUUUAUCUAUAGCAUUGGAAUUUUAUUUACAGAUGGAUGUUGACACGUUCAAUUUGAAAACUUGUUCAUUUCGUAGUGUUCAAAGUACUAAUGGUGUGUUCUGUAACACUAUCAAAGAGCAUGUACAAGGUCGUUAUGUAUGA